UGCAAAUAGCGUCUAUUAGUUACCUUAAUCUAAUGGUUUAGGUGUUUGGCUGUGCUUCUGUUGAGAAUGUAUCUAUUGGUUGAUCAAGUUGUUUUCAUGGAAAGCCAGCGACAACAAUCCAUUUUCACCAUCUAUCUGUGUUCAAAAGCUCCUUGCUGCUGUAGUUGUAACUCGGUAUGUCUGAACUAUCAGACAUGGCACUUCACCUUCUGCUGACGAUCAAACGAUAUCGUCAUCUUUUGUUUCACAGGUUCUGCAUGGAUGGUUCUCACACGUUCUUUUGUCGAGUACUUAAUCUGGGGUUGGGAUAAUCUACCGAGAACGUUGCUCAUGUAUUAUGCAAACUUUGUGUCCUCUCCUGAAGGCUACUUCCACACGGUAAUAUGCAAUGCUCCGGAGUAUGCUCGAACGGCUAUCAAUCACGACCUGCACUACAUUGCUUGGGAUACGCCUCCAAAGCAGCAUCCACAUAUACUUACCCUCAACGACACCGAAAACAUGAUUGCGAGUGGUGCUGCCUUUGCCAGGAAGUUUCAGCACAAUGACCCUGCCCUAGAUAAGAUUGACAACGAUUUACUUGGCAGGAAGGUUGGGGCGUUUACUCCUGGAGGGUGGUGUUCCAAUAGCCCCGACUGUACUGAAGUUGGGGACUUGAACAAAGUCCAGCCAGGUCCAGGCGCGGACCGGCUCAAACAUCUCAUAGCUAGGGUAGCUUUAAUGGCCAAGCGCGGAGAAGAUCAGUGUAAAUAGAUUUUGCAAGAAGGAUUAUCGCUUGCAUGCUGAUACAAGGAAACAAAUUUAAAGGGUAAGACGGGGGGUUGAUUCUCAGUCUACAGACCCAGAUAUAUAGCUCAUUGAGAAACUGAAUGUAAGAAAAAAUGAAUUUUUAGUUUUUGUUGUUAACUCGUUAUGAUGCUGGAGUUGCUGCUGCAGCUAUAGGGCUCAUUGUUACCAGAGUUGUAAGGUGAGCAGCUAGUUGUUGUUGUCAUUGUCAACAGAGAUAGAAUAUUUAUCUGUUUGAGCCGGCUUUAGAUACAGGAUUAUAGAAUGGAAGAAGAAUAACUUUCUUUUUUCUCUUUUUGUAGGUUCUCCAUCAUUUUAUAGAGUUGUUUUUUUUUCUUUUCCUUCCAGAUUUUGUUCUUCUAACAGUUGCUUUUUGUGUACCCUUUCAACCUUCUUUCCCCAAUAUGUCUGAACUAUUUUCCAAUAAUUGGAUCAUGCCUUGCUUUACCUUGCAGUAGUAGUUGACUCUGUUUCUGUGGAAGCUAGCUAGCCUAGUAUGAAUGACACCAUUAUUCAACACGUUAAGGAACAGGGUGUGAAGAAAUGUCAAAGAUUUUGCUGCAAAUCGUACCUGUUGUUACUUUUUGGCUUUCAUGCUGCGAGUGAGACAGAAAGAACAGCUGCAAUGCAAAACAGGGAGCAUGCAUGGGGGCCUGCCUUGCCUUCCCAUAUUUGGUGACUAGGAACAGGAUAUGCAGUGUCAGAUUUUAUCUGAACUGUAAGAACUUACUGAAAACAAUCAAAAUAUAUUAAAUGAGAAAAAUUAAAUUAAAUUCAUAAAAAAAAAAACUCGUCAUGACUAAGGUAAACUCAAAUCGUAAUGAUGGUAGGGUUAGUCAUUGUGGCAUGUGAUUAUAACCUUUCUACGUGGUAUCAUCCACAAUGACGAAAGUAUAGUAUGAAUCACGGAUCUUUUGCUCCCAAAUUGGUACUUUUAUAAUUUCCAUAGAGAAAGUGUUAAGAGUUAGUAAAAAAAGAAGUGGAAAUAUCACAUUGGGCGUUCUGGAGUUGAUUUAUUGACUGUUUAAUUAAUUUUGAAUAAUUAAUUAUUUGACUUUGGUGAAACGAAGCAAUCAUUCAGAAGGGAACUGUAAAAAUUUCACAAUAAAAGUGUGAUGGUUUUCAGACUUGUUUUCAACGUCCAUCUCUUCUUCUUGUUAUCCUUCUCAAACUUACAAGCACAUAAAUCUGUAUAGAUUGCUACUUCCAAAUUUUGGUUGGAAGGAUUCCUGAAAAUGAUUUGGUCGAUCCCUACCAACAAAUUCGGGGAACACUUAAAAAAAAGAGCGCACGCCUUCGAUCAUAUUCUUUUCCUACCCAAUUUCCUGACAAAAGGAAAAGCAGGGAAACAGCCAAACCUAAUGGCGACCAAAUAAGGAUUAACAGAAAGCAGUUUGGUUGGGUAACCCAAUCUUAAAGAAGUUGGUUUGGACAGAUUGCUUUGUUUGCCUGCCUGCCUGCCUUGUUGCGGGUGGUUGCUAAUCACCCACUCCACAACCAAACAAACCACGUUUAUCAUUAAUUAAUAAUAAUAUCAUGUUCUAAGCAUGAAGCUUAAUUGGUGCAAGCGUCAAUCAACAGUACGAGCUGCGUGGUUUGUUUGUUUGUUUGUUUUCUUCGAGAGAGAUGUUUGGUUGUUAGUUGUUAAUCUUGUUUUUGGGUUCCAAAGCAGAGCUUAGAAGAGGAAGAUGGGAAGGUGUUUAAGAAUGCUUAAAACACUGGACAAUAAACUCCAUAGUGGACUUGUCUUUUACGAAACAAAAAUUAAUUAACAGGUAAAAUGGACGUAUAUUUUCAGUGUUAAAUUUAAAUGUUGAAUUUUAUUUUAAAUAAAAAAUUCUAACAUGUUUUCAUGGUUGACAAAUAUUCGUAUAAUCCAUUAUUUAUUGACCAUCACUAGUAAAACACGUUUUAUUCUUUUCCAAAAACUAUUUAGUAAAUUCAUAAGACAACA